AUGCUCGUCGAGAGACCGUUGACCAACUUGACACCUGUGAGCCAACAGCCUACCGAUGCCUUCCAACUGACCAAUUCGCAAGGCUUUGAGUGGUUGUUGAGCUUUCUCACACCUAGUAUCCUCAAAAUCACCGUUUUCGGUCCCAAUCAUCCUCUUCCACAACAAAGCAAUGUGCAAUGGUCCAACAGACCGCUGCUUCUUUCGGCCAAAAUCGAUGCCGUCGCCAAGAAGGCAACCCUCAGCGUCGAUGGCUUGACCCGACAUGUGACGGUCCAGUGGGACGAUACCCCUGUCGUCGACGUGCACGAGAACGUGCCGGGCAGCAAUGAUAAAGUGCUCGUCUUUGGUGAUAGUCCUCACAAGUCGUAUUGCUACUCGGAUACCGGUUUCACCAGACACACUCGCUUCCAGGUGGACAACCUUCACGUUGGCUUAGGUGAAAAGGCUGCGCCGCUCGACCUAUCCCGUCGAUCCUUUGCCAUCACUGGCAGCGACUCUGCCAGCUACGAUGCGUACCUCACGGAUCCUCUCUACAAGCAUACUCCUUUCCUCAUGACGUUGCCCAAGCCGUUUGAUGCCGAAGGCAACCCUAAGCCGCUGAGCUCGGUUGUCGGUAUCUAUUCCGCCUCCAAUUCUGACGCCAACUGGGACGUCGGUCGCUACAUUGACGAACCUUGGGGCAUCUUCAAGAAGUACGUUCAACACCACGGUGGUCUGGAGGAAUACAUUCUAUUGGGCGAGCACGCUCAGCAUGUUGUCACUCAAUUCUCGGAUCUUGUCGGUCGCCCGCUGCUUGUUCCACGCGACUGGCUCGGAUACCUUGCCAGUGGUAUGGGACUAGGCGAGAGCGACGAGCCCAUUGCGCAAGAGCUCCUCUCGGGCUUUCCUGAUACUUGCAAGCAUCACGACAUUCCAUGCUCAGCUAUUCAUCUGUCUUCCGGUUACACUGUUGACAAUGACGGCAAUCGUCUCGUCUUCACCAUGAACACGCGAAGAUAUCCUGACUUUGCAGAGAUGGUCAAGACUUUUCAUAAAGCUGGGAUCCGAGUCACACCCAACAUCAAGCCGUACGUGAUGCAGAGGCACCCACACUACCAGAAGCUGCACGAUGCAGGUGCCCUGUUCACCGACCCUCACAACGGUAACAAGCCUGUCGUCACCCGCAUUUGGUCGAGCGGUAUCGGAUGCACCGAGCUCGGCUCAUGGGUUGACAUGACUUCCCAAGCAGGUCGUGAAUGGUGGCGUCAAGGUGCGCUGGAGCUUUGCAAGCUUGGUGUUGACUCGCUUUGGAACGACAACAACGAGUAUCUGCUCUUUGAUGAUGCCUACAUCUGCAAGAACGAACACAUCGGCGAUGCCAAGAGUGACGGAAAUCGCACAGGUAAGCCAACACGCAUCGGUCAAUUGGGUCGCAUGACCAACACCGAGCUCAUGGCGAGAGAGUCGCACCAAGCGCUCGUCACGCACCACCCGGAUCGUCGGCCUUUUGUUCUCACCCGAUCUGCCAACGUCGGCACUCAGAAAUGGGCUGCAUCCACUUGGUCCGGAGACAACCGAACCAGCUGGCACAACCUUCGCGGCUCGAUCGCUAUGAACCUGAACGCGCAAAUGUCGCUCUUGCAGUCGUACGGCAACGACAUCGGUGGCUUUGCCGGUCCUCUACCAAGCCCGGAACUCUUCGUAAGAUGGAUCCAGUCUGGCGUCACCCAGCCUCGGUUCUGUAUCCACUCGUUCAAGCCGUGCAAGGAGGACCCUACCGGUGUCAAACUUAAUAAUCUGCCCUGGAUGUACCCCGAAGUCGUCGAUAUUAUCCGUUGCACUAUCAAGCGUCGAUACGAGAUGCUACCGUACAUCAACAACCUCAAUUGGCGUUCGCAUCUUGCCGCUGAGCCCAUGAACACCUGGUUGGGAUGGGGCGAAUUCGCCGCUGAUCCUCAAGUUUAUCAGAAACAAGUGCUCCAAGGCUUCGACUACUGGAUCGGUCAUGGACAGCUUCUUGUCGCCGGCGCAUACCACCAAGACGAGCUGAGCCGCCGCGUCUACCUUCCUGCUGCUGGUAAAGAUGACACCAAGGUGUAUUACGACACGCACGCACCCUUCGGCGUCCAUAAAGCAGGUCAGUGGAUCGAGAAUGUUUCGACUCCUCUUUCUCACUUUGCCGUAUUUGCUCGCGAGGGAAGCGUCAUCCCAAUCGGACUUGCUAAGAACACUCUCACCCAAGUCGACGGCAUCGCCACUCUGACCGGCAGCGGAACCAAGAUUCUGACCGAACAAGAGGGCGGUCAGUGCGUGUAUGAUGACUGGCGAGGAGUGGAGAUCUUCCCUUCACCAGCCGACGCUUCGAGUCCUGGCCAGUACACAUACAGUUGGAUCGAGGACGACGGUGUAUCUGCCCAGCCCGUGGUUGCAGAGAUCAAGCUUGAGGUCUCGUCCAACAAGGACGAGGUCUCGGUCAAGGCUUCUGCUACCCGGAACGAGUUCAAGCCUUUGUGGGGCAACACGCUAUGGGUCAUCUUGCCAAGACCCGACACGAGAAAGGUGAAGGGCGCUACCAAGACCAUGAUACACAAGCGCCAGACGGCGUACGCUGUCACCGUUGCUGGACUUUGA